AUGGAAGAGGACCACACCGCUUCCUUUAUCACAGCCCUCGCAAACCUCCAACCACAGGGGCUGAGUGAGGGCGACGAGCUCGCGGCUCUCGACGGGUGGACCCCCGACCAGCUCAAGCAAGAGGUCAUCCGUCUCCGUCGCGCGCUGGCGUUGCGCGGAGGCGACGACCUGCUCGACCCACACAGCCAUGCUGCCCACGCCGCCGCCGCCGCUCAUGCCCACGCUCAGCACCACGCUCAGCAUCAGCACCAACAAACAUCCCAGCCCGUCUCAUCAUCUGUGCAAGAUGCCCUUCUCCAGUCCCAACUGGCCAGCUUUGCGCAAGCUCAAGCCGCUCAGCAGCAGCAGCAACAACCACCUUCCUUUGUCCACCCACAACACCCACAGCACCCAGGCAACGUCCCCCACUCCCAUAUCCCUCAGCAACAGCAUCCACACCAGCAGCAGCAACAACACCCCGGCAACAAUGUCGGCCCUCCACCACCCAAUGUCGUGCCCAUGACCCGCAAGCGCGGCCUCUCAGAGCUCGACAUCCAGGUCGGUGCGUCCGCACCAGGUGCGGGCGCUGGCUCAGCCAUCGGAUCCAUGGGCGUGGGCGGCGCGCUGGGUCCUGGGAUCGUCGGCGUGGGCCCGGGCCACGGUGCUGGAAUGCCGCCCCUCGCGCGCCGCAAACCCACGAUGCGUGAUGUCGGCACAGGCAAGCGCGUGGAGAAGGGCCGCCGCAUCGAGCUGCAGCGCGCUAUCCGCACCAAGAUGCGGCUCGCUAUGAACAUUGGUCCAGAGGAUGCCCUCCCGGCUCCCUCGGCGCUCACGGCACCCGACUUGCAGCCCGAGGGAAGCCUGUACUGGGUCCCAAACUGGCCUGCCGGUGUGAGCGACGGCCAAAACAGCCAGUGGAUCGACCGCGUAUGCAUGACCUUUAUCGCCGAGGCUAGAGCGUUUACCGGCUGGACAAAGGUGCCACCAGAGGACCUCGAGGAGGAGGUUGUCAAGGGCGCGGCGAGGACUGCAUUCCAGAACUUUGCGAAACGGUACAUGGCCGAGGUCGACCCUCGUCAUGCAAAGAAAAAGGAGAAAUACGUCAAGAACCGACGUCGCUGGGCAAGGAAGGACUUGAAACGCAGGGCCAAGGCCGCUCUCGACCCGACGUUCGGCGACGUUCACCUCCCGCCCUCAGCCCUCCACAUCGACUACAUGUCCUCCGAGUACUCGUCAGCAGGCGAGGACGAGCACGACGAGGCCACUUCCCCCAGCGCAGCGCCGAUUCGCGACCAACGCCGCGCCCACUGGCUAGACGUAUUGGGCUCGAACCCACCCGAGACUGGCAAGGCCGGCAAGGGCGGAUGGGCCGACGGCGUCACCGAAAAGGUGCUCGAGGUUCGCACCCCGACCUGGCGCAGCCCACAGCUCGAUGAGAUUUAUCGCAGGCUCGACACUAUCUCCGCUGCUCAGGCGGCAUUGCGCGCCACCCCGGCCUCUCAGCAGGCCAACGUCUCGCCUGGAGCCAAGCCCGUGGGCGCGCUGCGUCUCGGCCAUGUGGCUCCCUCGCACAAGCGCUUCACCAUGCCGCCGCCCGUCAUGCGCCGCGGACACGUCCCGCGCGACACGGGCGAGUCGUGGAUGUGGGCGAGUGGCGAGGUCGGUGUGUGGCCCGAACAUGACCCCGCCACGGAGACCCAGGACGGUGUGGGAUUGGGAAUGGAGGGUAUGGAUGUGGAGGGAGUUGUGCAGGCGGUUCAGGCGCAGGCGCAGGCUCAAGCUCGCGCUCAGGCUCAGGCUCAAGCGCAGGCCCAAGCACAGGCUCAGGCGCAGGCUCAAGCACAGGCGCAGGCCCAAGCACAGGCUCAGGCUCAGGCUCAAUCGCAGGCUCAGGCUCAAGCGCAGGCUCAGGCUCAGGCACAGGCGCAGGCAGGCGAAGAUGGCAUGGUGGACCCGACGACGGUCGACGCGCUCGUUGAAGGUUGGACCGAGGUCGCGUAA